GGAACUUUUUGGACUUGUAAACAGCAGUAUGAAUACGAUGGACAGCGUUGAGCUUGAAGUGCUUCCCGAAGCCCUUCGUGCCGAGGUCACAAGCCUUGCUACCUCCUAUCCACCUGCCAUUCCUGUAUUAAAACAUCUGGUGCACCUUUUAUUCCUGAACUCCCCCUCUCCGGCGCCUUCUUCUGAGCAACCGGCAAAAAAGCGGAAGCUUGAUGCCCUUGAACCUGCGUCAGACGAUCUACAUCUCCAUACCAUACAUGAUCUCUCCUUCAUCUCUCCGGCGCGAAAGAAAUUCUCCCUUCGAAUCCAUAAAAACACUUUCCAUCUCAUUUCCCCAAAGGACUUGGGUCAAACUGAGGCAUCUUACUUGUGGAAGGACAUAAUUUAUGCCUUCUGCGUGCCAACACCAAAUAGAGCGAAACCUCAUUGGACGAUCUGUCUAAUGCCAGCUGGAGAGAAAGACGCUAUCAUAUUCGGGUUUGACGAUAAAAGCUCCAACAUGAAGAUAACAGAUGGUGCGACGGGAGAGGUGACAGUUCUGGAUAAAAAGGAGAGUUGCAAGGCCCAUAUUUUGCAAUUGCUGCAGAAGGGAACGAAACGCGAAUUGGUGGAGCCAAGCGCACGGAUCUUUCAAGCCAGAUCACGAAAAGGCGAACUUCAUAUUGACUGCUAUCUCAAAGCCAGAGAAGGCCAAUUGUUUUUUCUUCGCACUGGUAUUCUCUUUGGUCUGAGAAAGCCGUUGCUGUUUUUCCCGUUUUCAGACAUUGCGGGCUUGGACAUAGUCUCGCCCACUGGCCGAAAUUUUGGUCUUUUCCUGCAACGGACACCGGCAGAAGAUGAUUCAGAGACUAGAAGCAGCCCAAGUUCUGAAAAUUAUGAGUUUGCGAUGAUCGAUUCGGCAGAGGCCGAGAGCGUGUUACUAUAUAUCGAGACGUAUAAAAACCGAUUUGGCGAAGGUAGUCAGACGCGGAACGGCGCCAAUGAAGAAAGUAAGCCCGGUUCGGAGGACUCUCAGCCAGAGGAGGCGAUCGACGAGUUGGAGGAGGAAGAAGACGAAGAUUUCAUGCCGUCCGAUGAAGAUGAAGUCGCAGAGGAAUAUGACAGCGACCACAACACCGAUGGUGAAGCAUCAUCGUUCGCAGGUUCAGGGGACGAAGAAGAAGAAGAGUGGGAAGAUGGCUCUGAUGAGAAUGAAAAGACCAUAAUUCCAAGAAAUACCUUGUUGUCCAAGCCUGGUGCGGUGCCAAGAUUAUCUCAUAAUGCGAUAGAUGCAGUUGUGGGGGCUGUGGAAGAAGCAUUUGGCAUUAAGCAGGAGGCGGACGAUGACGAUCAAUUUGACGAUGACAAUAAGGAUGGCGAUGACGACGAUAAGGAAGCAGACGAGAGUCAAGGGGACGAAAGCGAGAACGACAGCCCUGCGGGUCCGCGAGGGAUGGCGGCCUUGGCGGCCCAAAUUGAGAGAGAGCGGGCUGAGAGAAUAGGAUUGCCACAUGGAAAACUACCUCUAAAACGAGAAUAGCAUUGAAACGCUUUGCAGUGGUGCGAAGAAUAGCGGCCUUGGCCGCCCAGUCUGCGCGAGUGAGUUCAGAGAAUAGGAUUUUCACCAUCUGUCAAGUGAGAAUGGCCGACAGCCCAUAUUGCCAUGGUGCGAAAGCGCGAAUUAUAUUUCUAAUAUAAACAAAAGCCGACACGAGACAAGCACACCUGCCGUCCAUGCCAUCAAGUCUAAACAAGUGUGUACACAGCAAAC